CGUGAGCCACGCACACCAGAUUUACAACCAAGCACGAGAGAAGGAAAUGGUUGUGGCGGAGGCCGGCGACGAGAUGAGCCUGUCGAACAUGGUGCUGGGGUUCUACGAGGAGGCCGACCGGGAGCGGCGGCCCGAGGACGAAACCACCGUCGGCGACGGCGGCUGCAGCGACGACGAGAGGGCCGGCGGCGGCGCCGCCGCCGAGAGCAGCGCGUUCUGGGCGGAGCAGCUCUCCCAUUUGCAUGAGGUGCUGGGCAAGAUGAGCUCGGCGGAGAGCCGGAUCCGGGCGGACACGGAGGAGGCCGUCAGGCAUGCGCGGUCCGGCACCGCCACCGCGGCAGCUGGCGUCUGCUCCUCCUGCGCGACCCGCGCGACGGCCGGCGGUGGGUGCCGGGGCUGCACGCUCCGGUCCGUCGCGGCGCGGCUGCGCGACGCCGGGUACGACAGCGCCGUGUGCCGGUCCAGGUGGGCGCGCUCGGCGGAGUUCCCCGCGGGGGAGCACAGCUACGUGGACGUGGUGGUGCCGACGAGGAGCGGCAGGGCGGUGCGGGUGGUGGUGGAGCCCAGCUUCCGGGCCGAGUUCGCCAUGGCGCGCGGCGGCGCCGGGUACGGCGCGCUGGUGGCCGCGCUCCCGGAGGCGUUCGUGGGCAGGGCGGAGAAGCUGCGCGCCGUGGUCGCGGCCAUGUGCGCCGCCGCGAAGCGGUGCGCGCGGGAGAGCAGCCUGCACAUGGCGCCCUGGAGGAAGCGCCGGUACAUGGAGGCCAAGUGGCUCGGCACGCCGGACCGCCUCUUGGCAACCACCGGCGCCGGCGCGGGUGCCCCCGUGGCGGCCGGGUCCCCGGAGAGCGAGAAGCAGCGCAGGUUCAGGGCCUCCAUGCUGACGCUCGACUUCGGCGGCCGGACCGCCGUGGAGGUCGCGUGAGCGAUCGAUCACACUCGCACCUGGAGAUGGCUGCAACCUGUGAACUGCCGGCCUGCGAAAUUACCACGAAUACAUACAUACAUACAUACAUACCUAUGAAUUGAAUUCUCGUGUGGGAAUACACUGUUUGCUUGCUCCCUCGGUGAUCAAAACCGCCAAGGAUGCAGCUGCUCCUUCAUUUACCGAGCGCUUCGGGUAGGGGCGUUGGCCUCAAUGAUCUUUGCUCCGGUGAACCAACCCACCCAGCUAUCUCUUACGCAGCGAUCGACCACAGCCGAGGUGAUCAAUCGAUGAUAAAUGCCACACGUGUGGCACGAACACAUGGCAACUCUAGAUGUUUUUAUGACAAAUUUAGUGACGCGAGGAUGUUUAGUUGUCAAGUACGAUAACAUUUUUGUUCGGAUGCCAAUUUUUAGGGGUGUUUGGUUCCAGGGACCUUUUUAUGUUGGGAAUAGAAAAAGUCCCUAGCAAAUCAAAUAGGGUGAGACUUUUUGCUAAAAGUACUUAGAAGCACCUCCUUGAGAGUCUUUUUUAAAAAGUCUCAGGGACUAGAAAGAGUCCUAUGACUAAGAACCAAACACCACCUUAGUUUCUUUUGUUGUUUUUUCUUUUCGAAUGGCAACAUUGAUUGUAAAAACCGUCAGGGUCAAAGUGCUUCGUGCAACACGUGUGACCGUAAUCAUUUGAAAACAGUAUUUGGUUUGAUCUCUA